GGUGGAGUAGCUAAAUUACACUGCAAAGAGAAAGUCUUCACAAACAAGUCCUUCUGCUGUUUGUCUGCCACGCCCACAAGGCUUGGCAGAGUAAUUUAAAUCCUUUUGCUUAUAGUUUCUGCUCGUAGCGACUAAACAACACGAGAAAUGGACUACAAAGAACAGGUUGAGCAAGUUGUAUCCAGCGCGCAAUUCGGAGAUUUGAUCGAGUUCUCGUACCCCAUUGGCUACUCACACUGGGGCGUGUACGACGGAGAUGGAUACGUAAUUCACUUUGGGGUUGCAGACGAAACUCAGGUUAUGAGUACAUUUCGGGGUUUUCUGCAGACUGUCUUCCCUGUUUGUGGUGAUCUUUUGCUUGGAGAAACUAAGAUACGGCGUCAGCUUCUGUCUGAGGUUAACGUACCUAAAGGAGCUCGUGUUUUAGUGAGCAAUGACCGACACAAUCUCCAGCCUUCACCUGAGGAUGAAAUCAGAAAACGACGAAAUGCUUUACUUGACAAGGAGUUUACUUACAAAGUCCUCACGUUUAAUUGUGAGCACUUUGCCACAUUUGUCCGCUCUGGAAAAGCGAUGUGCAAUCAGAUCCCAGGGAAGCCCAAAAACAAGGAAUGUGUGGAUGCCACAGAGCAAUUUAGCAGCCUUGUGCCAUCGUCAGAUACUGACUCCUGAAUGCCAAUCUACAGAUUAUCAUGAGAAUAAUGUAUUGUGUUUCAUACUUCAAUUAUGUUUGAUAUUUCAAGGAUAUUUUCCCCAUACUCUUGGAAUUAAACCAGUUUUUAAAGAUUUCUGUUUAAUAUCACGGGAAAGGGUUCUUCACUCUUUAAUGGUCUUAUUUGGUCUCCUAGACUGGUCAGGCUGGUUUUAAAAUGGUUUUGGACACUUUUUAGGUGGUCAGUCCGGGAGACUGACUUGGUUAAGCUAAAAGACCAUCUUGUAUAAGCUAAGAAGUGUUUUUUUUAAGGGUUUUCCCAUGUUUCUGACUAUCUUCUUCUAUUUCUAACUAAUAUGGUGCAUACCAUUACUAAUGUUUACCAUAGCUUACACCACAGUUAUGUUAGACCCCAUGCAUCACUUGACAAGUGCAGAUUUCUUUCUUGUGCUGCUGACACAUUGCCAGUUUCAACAGAAAGUCUGGGAAAUAUCUAAGGGCAAAGUCACCAAUCCAAUACGAUACGAGUCUUAGAGUAUCUGAUUUUAACAGUACUAAAAGUGUUAGUUUAACCAAAAAUGAAAAUUCUGUCAUUAUUUACUCACCCUCAUGUCAUUCCA